AGACCAGCAUCGAAUCUGAUUUGUGUGAUCUGUUCUUAUGCCAUGCACAUAGACCAUUGUCCCUAGACGAACAAUUUCCAUUUUAUAUAAAAGCAAGUUUACGAACCCUUUUCCUAAAAUCCACAACCCUCCACUUUUUCUUUACAUAAUUUAUUACCAAUGAAAGCUUUUAUACCAUUUACAUUAUUUGCAACUAUCCUUGCUGCUAGUGAGUCUAGCAUGCUUACCAUAAGGUCAACUGUGAUCUCAACCUUGCCUUGUCCAACAUCAAGUUCAACUUCAUUAUAUCAAAAUAGCACAUCCACUUCACCAACACUGAGUGUUUCAGUAUACAAUAAUUCUACUAGUUCUGCCACAACAUUAUUUAACCUUGCAGCUACUGAGACAAUUAACACUGAUUCAACAGAAUCAGAAACAGAAUCAGACCCAACUACUUCAGAUCCAGUAGAAUCUACUGUAGAGCCAGCAGAAACAGAUCCAGUAGAAUCAACAACAGAUCCAGCACAAACUGAAGACCCAACAGACACUGAUGCAGUAGAAACUACUGCUGACCCAACAGACACUGACCCAGCACAAACUGCUGAUCCAACAGAAACUGAUCCAGUAGAAACCACUGCAGACCCAGCAGAAACUGAUCCAUCCAGUGCAGGAAACCAAGAAGAUCCAGUUGAAAGUUCUACUGAAUCAGACCCACAAACUACAUCUGAAGAUCCAGUUGAACCUACAGCUGCAACAGAAAUUACCCCUGAAGAUCCAACAGAAACUGUAACUGAUAUCCGCAGCACCCUCGUCACAAUCACCUCCUGUUCUAAUGGUGGUUGUACCUUAGUUACUCAAACUUCUGGUGUUGAAACUAGUGUCCAAGGAGAUACUACCUACACUUCCCUCUACCCAAUUGGCAGUUCAGUCACCGAACCAAACACUACAAAGGCACCAAAACCCUCGGCCACAUCCACCGUGACUGACUUCUACACUACUGUUGUAACUGAAUAUUCAUGCCAUGAUGAUGCCUGCGUGGCAGUUUCCAAAACCACUGGAGUUACUGUGAUUACCCAUGCUGAUACAGUAUACACCACGUUCUGUCCACUCACCACCGAAUCUCCAACUCCAAGAACAACUCAAGUUCCAACUCAAACAGUCAAUGUUAUUACCAGUAAUAUUAUCACUGAAUCUAACGUCGCAAUUUCCACAUUCGUGCCUCAGGUGAACUCAACUACCACUCCAACAAUCUCCACCUAUGACUCCAUAUACGAAGGCAGUGCUGCUAUUGUUCCAACAAGUGCUUUCGGAAUUAUUUUUUCAUUAAUUUUCUUUAUGUUAUAAUUGACUUAGUAUAUAGAAUUCUCUUUAGAUUGGUUAAGGAAUAUAUUUAUGCGUUUGCAUACAUUCUGUAAGUCCGGGUAUUGCAUAAGCCGCACAUGUUCCGUAGCUGCAAAAUUAUGUGAUAUGGCAUAUCAAAGAAGUAAAUCAUAAAUAGACCAAAUAGCAAUGUAUAUUGAUCAACUUGUU